GACGCUGGCGGGGACGCCUGCCAGCUCUCGCUGCCCUCGGCUGGGCGGCCCGGAGGGAGCGCGUCCCAGGUCGCGCCGGCGCCCGCGGUCCGAGCGCGCCAUGGAGCGCAAGGCAGGCGGCGGCGAGGAGGAGGAUGACUGUGUGGACUCGGGCGCCGAGACCGGAGGGUCCGACUACAGCCACAUGUCCUCCACAAGCAGUGAGCUUUCCGUGGAGGAGGCACAGGACCCUUUCCUGGUGAGCAUCCACAUAAUCGCAGACCCUGGGGAAUCCCGGCCCCUGCAGGAGGCCAUCGACAAGGUCUUGGCCUGGAUCCACCCCGACCUGCAGCUGUUCCGGGUCUCGGAACGCAAGGCGGCCCGGCGACGGCGGCGGGCCCCGCGGGGGACGCAGCCCGCGCUGGCCGUGCUCCUGUUCCUGCAGGAGGACUUCGGCGAAGAGCACAUCCUGCGGCUGCAUCGCGCGCUGCGGCGGCCACCCUGGCGCCACCACCACACAGAGCGCGUGCCCGGCAGGCUCCUGCCCUACCUGCCGGGCAGCCAGGACUUCUUCACGCUGGCGCCCGGGACGCCGCUGUGGGCCGUGCGGCCAGUGCACUACGGCCGGGAGAUCGUGCGCUUCACCGUCUACUGCCGCCACGACCACUACGCCGACAGCCUCAAGUUCUACGAGCUGAUCCUCAGGCGCAGCCCCAGCCAGCGGAAGAAGGACUUCUGCAUCUUCCCCAUCUUCUCCAACCUGGAGGUGGACAUCCAGUUCUCGCUCAAGAGGCUGCCCUGCGAUCAGAGCCCGACCCCCACCGAGUGCGCCGUGCUGGAGUUCCGCGUGCGGGACCUGGGCGAGCUGGUGCCCCUGCUGCCCAACCCCUGCAGCCCCAUCAGUGAGGGCCGCUGGCAGACGGAGGACCACGACGGGAACAGGAUCCUUCUGCAGGCGCCGAGGACGCACAGGAAAUGCCCUACGCCCAGCGGAGCCGGCCUCUCCUCGGAGCUGGAGCCUCCCUGCGCGCCCGCAGCUCGCCCCUCCACACCGAGCCACCCGCCUGGCAGCGGCCCGCAGCUCCUCCCGGACAGCCCACGCCUGGGGCCCCUCCAGCCGGUUCUGCCCGCGCCACACCAGCAGGAAUUGGCUGGACGAGCCCGCAGCGGCCCCUGCAAGUCCGUGUUCCCGAGGAGCAAGUCCUUGUUCUGUUUGCCCACAGAGGACUCCUCCGCAGCCCGCUCGGACGUCCCCAGGUGUCGGUCAGGCACAGGUGCCCCAGGGCACUGGGCGCCGGAGUGGAGACACGGCCUCCUCCUCUCCAUCGACGACUUAGAGGGGUCCCAGGAGACGGACGUGGACACAGGCCUGCAGCUGUCCUCCUCGGACCUGUCCGUGGUCUCUGCCUACUCCGCGCCCAGUAGGUUCUGCGGCCCCUGGGAGACGCCCCUCCCCUCCGAGGGAGGCGGCCACUGCACCGGGCACAAAGGUGCCAGAGCUGGACCACCGCCCACGGGGAGUGGGGUGAGCACGGAGACCCCCUGGGCUUCCCUCCCUCUCUUCGCCAAAGGGCCUUCGCGCGACCUGGCAACAGGGGUCGCUGCUCCCCCAGCUUCUGGUGCCGCCUCACACACAGCGUCCUCCUCCGAGCUCCCUGGAGGAGCCCCCAACACCCAGCGGACUGGCCGAGACGUCGUUCUGCCUCCAGCACUGGCUGGACCCGGGGACAGCGACACAGAGGAAUUCUACAUCUGAACACCCUCUACUCUGGUUCUUUCUCAGACACACAGCUCGCCUUCCCCGGGCCUGUCUGGAGCCUAAUUAUCUGGUUCAUCGGAUCAUUAGCGGCCUCUGCCAUGCCCCCCAUUCUGGGGACUGGGUGGGGAAGGUGCUGGCACUUUUAUGCAAAUAAAUUCUCAAGCUUAAGUCGGAAAGUAUAUUUUUAGAAUACGCGAUACCAUUUGAGAGAUGGUUUAGUGCGUUUAUCCAAUUCAAGUGUUUCAUACAAUUAUUUGCUAUGAAAAGAAAACCUAGUCAGCCAGAGCUGAUUCGGCAGUUUUUCAUGCCGUGAGGCCAAAAUGUCGAAUGUGGGAAAGAUACUGACUGUAUGAGGAAUUAAUGCGCAGCACCCUGUUGUACAGCGUGCAAUGGAGUUUCCAGACAGACUCACGUGACCAGCACCCAGCGACCCCUGAGAAUUUCCAGGUGGCGUGUAUAGCGAAAGGGGGCAGCUUGCUAAGGCAGCCGGGAACAUCAGUCAGCCGGGAACAUCAUUCCUCGCUUGGAUGCCUUGCAAUAUCUGCAAAUCGGGAUUUACACUGAAGUGGCUCGUGUACUGUAUGAGCAUUUAGCAUGAGUAGCAAGCACUCUUGGUGCAUUUCAAUAACGUUUUGAGUCCCCCAAACUGGAUGUGCAUUCACCUUCCUGCAACACAAGCACCGUAACAAGCGCGGGGCCACAGAACAUCCCUCCACCACCUGCCUUUACUGGGCUCGCCGAGGAGUCGUUGUUCACUGAAGUCCCAGAAUGAUGCGGGAUUUAGACAGUGUGGGCAGGUGGUCUUAGGGGCCUUCAGUUUUAAAAACUGCAAUCUAAGGGCUGUGUACGUUUCAUCUAAGUAACAGGAGCUACAUUCGUUACUGCUUUCUCCAGUAAACAGGCCUCGCCACUCUGCCUUUUUGACUUUUCUAGACUGUGUAACAUCUUAACCAGCAUUUUUGGUCACAAUAAAUGUCCCUUCUCCUGCGAACGGGAUGCUGCAUAUGAGGUGCUCCUGCAUGCACAGCACCUGGGUGCUGGCCUUGACCAGUGCGCAGGCGCCGGAGCUUCCUCCCAGCCUCCGGCCGUCCUGCCCGUUAUCUGCCUCAGUCACAGUGUGAGUGGUGGUCCAGCCUCGCCCCUCUCACACUCCAGCAGGGUGUGGUUACAGUCCUACCCUCAGCAACGCCAGGGGCAGCCUUCGAGGGCAAACCCGAGCAGUCCCGGUGGCUGUUACCUCUGGGGAAGAGCAUGUAUUUGCUUUGCUCGUUUCAGACCCAGCGCUCCUUGGCCAUGUUAUUCAGAGCCAUCUGCACCUCUCAGGAAGCGCCCACCCAGCCCAGGCACAGCCUCAGAACCCUCCCCACACGGCCCUCCAGGCAGCUGUUCCCAAGCCUCCAACUCGCAGGGAAGCCUCAGUCUCCGCCAGUCCUGUCAAUGAAAGCCUUAGAUCUUGCCCCAGACACCCUGGAUAUUCCGAAUUACAAUAUUCCACUCCAGUCUAAGUAAAUAGAAACAUGGUCUCUUGUAAUUCUAGACCGGGGUGAGCAAACUUUUUCUGGAAAGGGCUAGAUAAUAAAUAACGUAAGCUUUGCCACCCGAAUGGUCUCUCUCCUGACUACUCAAUGCUGCCAUGAUCACAUGAAAGCAGCCACGGACAAUACGUGAAGGAGCAGGAGUGGCCGAGUUCCAAUAAAACUUUAUUCACAAGAGCAGGAGGAGGGCCCAGUUUCGCUCAAGAGUUGCAGUGUGCCAAUGCUCCUGCUAGACCGAGGCUGGUUUAAGACCCCAGCCACAGUCCGAGGAAGAAAAUCCAGGUCUGCAGCCCCUGCCCCCGUGGUGCGCGAGGCCAAGACGGUGGUGGGCCCCUCAGGUCAGGCCAGUGGCUCCAGACCCUCAGGGAGGGGCUUCCUUCUGCCUAGAGGGCCACUAGCUGCCCACCUGCUGCACAGAAAUGGUACUCACCAGCAGUGACUGAUGAAAAGCAACUGGCUCACGUUAGAGAGGAGGAGAGAAAUAACGUAGAGGUGUUGACUCCACCUCCAAGGAACAGGAGUGGGGGGCAAGCACAGAAGCAGCAGAAAUCCACAAGGCAGAAAUGAAUGGACCAGCCACCAAGGGGCAGCCCCUCCCAUCUUCAUUCUUAAUCAGCACGCUUAGUUCAGUGUCCUGGCAUGGACCCUUAGAAUUGCCUUACAGUCCACCUCCGAGCCCACCUAGAAUCGCUCUCUGGUCCCACCCUUUUUCAGUGUCCCACCCUCAGCUGACCCCAAAGGACGUCAGCAGCACCCAGAGAAAGCAGAAAAUGCAAGGCGCCCCAUAACAGAGAGAGAAGGGAAGGGAACCCAGCACAGACCGCAGCUGGGCCCCUGCCCUGCCCUCCGGUGCCACGGUCGGAAACGGCAGCUACUGUGUGGAGAAGGAACCGCAGGACGGAGCCAUUCCCUCCAUUUCUGGUCAUGCACCAGCCUCUCCCUCGUCCAGGGAGGCUCCUGACACCCACAGUGGGCCUGACUCUUGGGUAAUCAGUGUUGGGCCUGAUGCUGGCAUAC